UAUUAAGUUUAUUAUCAUUACGGCUGUAUACAAUUUCGUAUUUUUAAACUAUCAAUUGUUGCUGUUAAAAAUAUAUAUCUUUAGAAUGCCAUGAAAUGUUGGUUACUAUGGCAACGCGUUGACAAGCGUCGUUGAUUUCAUAAUAAUACAAAUUACAAAUCAUGUGAAAAAACGGGUUAUUAGAAUCAAAGAAUUAGCUAUGGCGUUACCGAAUCUGGACGUUAGAAGUGUAUUAAAUGUUGUGGAAGAAAAUUUUCAACGAGUUGGCUUAAAAGCUUAUGCUAUUCGCAUGAUAUACAUCGGUGAGCAUGCACUAUCAAAGGAUGAAAUGAUAAAACAUUUUCAAGCAACAAUUAACGAUGUAAAUUCCACUUAUUGUGAAAUAAACGUGAAUGGCUUGCUUUUGGUAUACGACAGUUACUUUGUACAUAUUGUCGAGGGAUCAGAAGACACACUUCACAGACACUUUAGAUUUUUGUUCGACCGUGAAGUUAAAUGGAUAGAACAGAAGAGAAGGGAAGAAGAAGCGGCAGCCUUGGCUUUAGAGGAAGAGGAAGGUCUCACUGUUAUUUUAGACGAAGAAACUGAACCAUAUAGUGAAAUUAAAAUGUUCAAAUGCUUAAAACUAUUGAUAGUUUACAAUUCGUUGCAAACUCUUACAUUCGAUGAUUGGCGAGCUCUUACAGCACGGCCGCCAGCUCUUAUCAGUAAAUUGGAUGUCAACGGACCCAUGUCAGAACACAUGGAACAGUUGCGUAUCUGUCUUGACAAGAUCCGAAGAAUAAUAGCACUUGCUAAGGCAGACGAAAAUUUGCGCUUUGAAGGUUUGAAAGCCGUUGAUCCCAGGAUGGAGGCGCUUCCAGAGGUUGCUUUGCUUGAUUACCUUUUGCAUUCGCAAUACAUUUUGGACUUGCGACAAGUUGUUCAUUUGCAUCGUCGUGUUGAUGAUUAUGUCUUCUAUUUUGAAAACGUGUGGCCUCUACCAAAUCACUUCACACCGAAAUUGCUUUACAAGUUGAAAAUCGACGACUCGUUUGUUGAGCCCUUGCCCGUGAUGCCUUGGGAACUUGUCAAAAAGGAGGUCGUUGAAGAUGAGGAAAGAGAAGAACGUGAAAGUAGUUCAUCGAGUGAUUAGAUAUAGACAUUAAUUGUUACCGAAAUAUUGUAAUUAGUGAUUAAUAUUGUACAUAGGCUUACCUACCUUAUAUUAGAAUUUAAAAAUAUAAUACUACAUACGUCCAGUUCA